AUGAAUGUUACCAUUGUCGAGCCGGAGGCAAGCAGCAUUCAACGCUUCCACGAUGAAGUUGCUAAAGAGCCUCUACGUGGCGUCAAUUUCGACUGGAGAUGCCAGACUUUUCAAAAAUACGCGAAAUCCGAAGAGGCGAUGAGCGACAAGUUUCACAUUAUAAUUUGCAUCAGUAGUCUUUACUUCUUGGGAGACCUGGACGAGGUUUUGACGAAUCUGUACGGCAGACUCGAGGAUGGUGGUAUUCUACUACUUGGGGUGUCACAAGCGAUGUACUGCGAAAUAGGCCAGGAGCCGGACCCCGCCUCCCAAAACAGGUACCGUUGGGUUAUCCCGGUGAAGGAUCCCUGUCAGUGCACUGAGGUCCGUGUCGGCUCACUCAACACUCGGGCCCCCUGUGGACCAUUCGAUGUCAGGUAUUAUGACACCUUUCUGCACAGCAGCAACCAAACAGAGAUUCGAAAAUGGCUGAAUUGUUCCGAGCAACCAACUCCAUGUGCAAGUGGCACUGUGCAGAACCCAGCCACCUCAUGCAGUGAGAUACUGGAGGUCUGUAAACAGCCACCCAGCGGUGUGUACUACCUCCUCGUACCUGGAAAUAAACAGUAUCCCGUGUACUGUGAGAUGCCUGGCGGCUGGGCACGCUUCGGAAAAGGCAACAUGCAGUCGGUCUGGAACUACAAAGACGAAGAUGAGGCAGAAAUCAAUCUCGAUAUCAUCUCGGAUGAUGAGAUUGAAGCGAUCAAGAACUUACCCUUCACUGACUUCAUGAUCCGCACCGAUGUGACUUUUUCUUUACAAGCAGACGACUCCAGGAAUCCAUCUACCGUGCACGCCCUCUAUCUGCCCUCGCUCCAGACUGUUUCUAUCAACAUACCACUGCGAUAUACCAAUAACAAUCGGCUACAGUUUAACGAAGAAGGAGAUCGGGUGAUGUGUUUGAGUGGUUCUUCUAUCAACCUAUGCGGACAGGAUGGCUUGCCUCGCAGAAACGAAGCCACGGAGCGUCUGGUUGUCACCAAUGUCUACUUCGGUCCACGAGCCGUUGACCGCGGAGCAACAGCAACCAGGUCAGAGUGGCGUCGCAAUAGCUACACCUGGGAUGGGUCUUUCUAUUACCUCCUGGCAAAGUAAUCAGCCCCUUUGAUGGCACGAUUUGGAGGUAGUUAUUUUGAGAAAAUCCAAAUAUUGCGAACUCAUACUGAAUAAUCUGGUGAAACAUGACACAGUGGUGAGUCACAGGUGUCAAAUAUGCAGGGAGCGAGAGGAGGGGCACUCAAUGGGCUCAUUGGCUUCCUUUCCGAUUGAGAAGGGAGAGGACAAGAAGGGCAAAGACCACGAGCUUGGGCAUUACUCACUGCUAUCAUCCCCCUUAGCUCAACGAAUUCGACUUUCCUCUCCUAGCAAAUUUUCAACAUAUUUUAAAGAA